AGCAGUUUUUGCAUCAGAAUAUACGUUAAACAAAUCCGUCACUACUUAAAAGUAAGAGUUCGCUGUGAACUUGAGAACAUUACUAAGCUGAGUGCAACUCAGUCGAUUCACAUUGUUUCACUAUUAAUAUUUAACUAUUUAAUUACAGUGGAUAUAGUUGUAAGCAGUACAAAGAAAUUCUUCUCGGGUUUGGGUAUACAUUCGUGUAAUUCAAUACUGAACACCAUACCACACUCCUAACAAAUUUUGCGGGUCACAAAUAAACAGUUGAAAAGAACCCAAGUGUAGAAUGAAGAGAUGCACUCUAUGAUAGCACUUUUACAGCAAAUUAAAGAAGAUGAAACACAGUUAUUAGACUUAUAUAGAGUAUUUUUUAGAGGAAAGCAGAUAAAAUGGCAAGAACUAAAAGUUGAUAAGAGCGAGCUUGAUUCAUACAUGAUGAACAUUGGAUAUAAUAAAAGAAAUUUGAUUUUAAUUUCCUAUGCGCAUCAUCUUCAAGAAUUGCUUCGUCUCACUAAGUUGGAUACCCAUCAGCUUGUCAAAUGUAUUCGACAAUUGACAGCAGAAUGCAAGCGAUCUUACAUUAUUGACAGACAAGAAACUUCUUUUCGUGAUAAGAAUGUGUCUUCAUUGAAGUUAAUGUUUAAUAAUAUGUGGAAACCAUUCGUGAAUGAAUCAACAAACAAGGAUCUAUCUUUGCUCCCAAUUUCUUUUGAGCUCAGCUUCUGCUCGGUGUUUGGAGCGUUCCUUUUUAGCGUCAAGGAAAUAUAUUCAAUGUUUUAUCAAAAAUUUGAAAGAAUGAAGGAAAGUAAGAAGCCAUCUUCCGCCAUUACCUUUUUCGGUUUCUUUUCAAAAGAUCCAGAAUUUAGCUCACUUCAGAACGAUUAUGAGAGGUUCAACUCAAAAAUAUGUAAAAUACUUGAAAUGAUACUUGAGGAGGUGUCAAUUUGUCUGGAGUUGGGUAGAAUAUAGAGUAAAAUAUAGAUUAACUAGAAGGACCGUUAAGUCUUUUAUUCUUUUAUUUUAGUUUCUUUUUUUUUUGUUUCUUAAUGAAUGAAGUCUUUCGUCCGUAAUAUAUGUUUUCUGAAGGG